UUCCAACAUGGCAGAGGCUGUGCCUAGUCUUCCCUUUUACUCUUUUGGAAUGGUUUCAAAACGCUAGCAUCACCGAUUAACCAGAAAAACACACAGGAUCGAUGACACUGUAACCCCUAAAGCUGUCCUGUCACACUUGCAGCAAGAAAUGAUCAGUGGCACCACUGUUUAUGAGCAGAGCGAUGACUGCGUGCCUGCAGGAGAAGAGACUCGGAGCAGAUUCUGGAGGCUUUAAGAUGCAGUGGACGCCGGAGCAUGCGCAGUGGGCGGAGCAGCACUUUGACAUCACCGCCAGUGCCCACUCCCAUAUGCAUAAGGCUGAGGCUUUUGUGGGUCACCUGCAGCACAGCUAUCACUACGCCUGGGCCAAUGAUGACAUCUCGGCGCUCACCGCCUCCAACCUCCUGAAGAAGUACGCCGAGAAGUACUCGGGGAUCUUGGAGAGCCCCGACGAGCGGAUGCUCCUGGGCCCCUACUCGGACGCCACGGGGCUCCUGAACGGGAGAAAGUGCGAGAGCGAGCCUUGGCAGGAUGGGAUCUAUCCGGCGAGCUGCGUUCCAGAUGGCAUGUGUGUGAGUAAGGCUGGAGUGACAGCUGCCCUGCCCCCGGCAGACAUCUCUGCCAGCAUCGGCAGCUCCCCGGGGCUGGCCGGCAGCUUGACGGAGACCAGCUACUCCAGCAGCAGCUGCGGAAGUCACACGGUUGGCGGUCUUCACUCGGCGCUCUCAUCCCAGGAGUACCCGACGGCUUACAGCGGCUCCUUCCUGCAUUCGAGCUAUGGCGGGCAGUCUGCCCCUGCCCUCUCCUCCCCUCACCCCUCGCCUUUGCAUGGCUCGGGGCUCCUUCAGCCUCCUCCUCCCCCACCCCCACCCCAGACUCUGGUGCCCACCUACAACGCGGGUUCCUCGGGGAUUUCAAGUUACAGUUACUCUCCCUCAGACUACCCCCCACAGGCUGCGGUCACCACGGCCUACAGCCCUGGGGGAGCACCCCCUCCUUCUGCCUACUUACCUUCCGGUAUCGCAGCCCCUACCCCACUGCCUUCCUCUACUCUCCCCGGCUAUUCCUACGAGUCUCAUACCCUUGCGCCAGUGACGCCGACACCUCUGAGUGUCAGUUCGUCCGGCUCAAUGAAAAGGAAGGCCUUCUGUAUGACUGGGCAGGGGGAGAUAAACCCCCCUUAUGGAAACUUCAGCUACAGCCAGCAGUGCUCCCCCGGAAGCCCUAUAUAUAGCAUGCCGGACAGCGGCAUUCCAAAUACUGUUGGAGGAAGCAGCUUUGACAGAAGUGCUGAGACGUCAUCUUUGGCAUUUAAACCCUCAAAGCAGCCUGUGUCUUCUGAUCAACAAAGGAAGUUCAGCAGUCAGUCCAGCAGGGCGCCAACUCCUCCGCCCUACCUUUCAUCUAGAGGGUCGAAGUUGAGCGAGCCCUUCAGCCGGUUCGCAUCCCCCGGUUCGAGCGAGCAUGGCGAUGAGCACGUGCAUCUCUCGCACCCAAUACCGGGGCCCGGAGCUGGAUCCAGAAUCGGCUCGGCUACCUCAUCUGCCCAAUCUGCAAGGGAACAGCUUAAGGAAGUCGAUUCCCAUCUCGUUGAUUUGGUCACCAGUGAGAUUGUCCAGCAGGACCCCCCCAUGGACUGGAGUGAUAUAGUCGGACUAGAGGUGGUCAAAGCUGUGAUAAAAGAAGAGAUCAUGUGGCCCUUCUUGAGGUCUGAUGUGUUUUGUGACCUUUCUACCAUACCCCGGAGUGUUCUCCUGUUUGGACCCCAGGGAACUGGCAGGACAUCGUUGGCCAGGUGCAUAGCCAGCCAGCUGAGAGCGACAUUCCUUAAGCUCAGUGGCUCUGCCCUGGUAACAAAGUGGUGCAGCGAUGGGGAGAAGAUCAUCCAUGCUGCUUUCUUGGUAGCUCGUUGCCGCCAACCCUCCGUGGUGUUCCUUAGUGAUGUCGACUUGCUUCUCUCUUCCCAGCUUGGCGACGACAGCCCGUUGGACGGAACUAAGGGUGAGCUGCUUGCACAGCUGGAUAGUAUUCUGGCCUCAUCUGAGGACCACGUGGUGGUUGUGUGCUCCACGAGCAAGCCGGAGGAGAUUGACGAUUCCUUGAGGAGGUACUUCAUGAAGCGACUCCUCAUCCCGCUUCCCGACAGCACGGCAAGACAACAGAUAAUCAGUCGGGUGCUCUCACAGCACAAUUAUUCCCUCGUUGACAAAGAGGUGGCGCUGUUAGUCCAGCGGACAGAUGGUUUCUCUGGCCUGGAUGUUAAACGCCUGGUUCAGGAGGUAGCCAUGGCUGCUCUGCACGCUGUUGGUGGGGGACUUUCAGCUGUUUUGCCCGGUCACCUUAGGCCAGUCACUUAUCAAGACUUUGAGAAUGUACUUUGCAAAAUUCAGCCUAGCAAAUCGCAAAAAGAGCUGGACACGUACACCGAAUGGAACAGGAUGUUCGGUUGCGGUCAGUGAAACGCAACUGCGAGUUGUUUCUGAGCCAGAGAAAGGCAGACAGACUCCUGUUUUUAGGAGCGCAGAAGUAAAUUCUACCAUGACCGUAGCACUGAGGAGUUCUGGCGGUUAGUGAGUAUCACACGUAAACCUUGGUUUGAUGCUUGAGAACACCUAAGAUAGGCACUUCUUACAAAGGUACACAUUGCCUUCAGAGGGAUGGGAGCCCCAUGAGUGUUGACGCUGUUAUGAGAUUUCAUUGCUAUGAAGUGCCUGAAGUGGUGCUUUCUGAUUUUGUGUGAUUUUUACAUUCGUUUGCCUCCCAAAGCUACAUUGGUGCCAUAUGCUAAUAUGAAUAGCUUUAACUUCAAACAACAAGAGAUUCUCUGUUCUUUAAAUCCGAUAAAGAUCUGGUUUGCCAUUGGAAGAGCAACAGUAUUUGUCAGUUCUACUGGGAACAGUAGACUAGGCUUUUACUUGUAUUGUGAAUUUUUGAUUUGCUUUUUUUUCUUUCUGUUUCGCUUUUUUGUCUACCAAAUCUCAGGAAAGUGAUUGUUGUUUUGUACAGUACCUCAAAAAAAUAGAUGUGUCAAAGCACUACGUACAACUGAGAGUUUGUCGGGCUUUUUAGUUGCAUUGUUUAAAUGUAGGUUUACCUCAAUAGGUUGGAAAGAUAACAAGGGAAAGACAACGAAUGUACCUGACCUUUAGUCAACAUACUGGAUUUCAUGAGUCUUGUAGUGAAUAGUUCUAUAUUGCUUUGGUUUUAUUUAAAAGUGGUUUAAUUUUAUUGUGGACUUUAACUUUCACUUUAUUGUGGUUUCACAAACAUGUUUUUACCACGUGACAAAGAGGUGCGCAGACAUUAUACCAAACAAAGCCACAAUCAAAUUUCAAGAUGUCCGCUCUACUCUGAUGGCAACUGGCCAGCUAGAGGUGCUGAGGGUGAAGGUGAAUGGAAAAGUAAGAAGGUCAUUCUUCACCAGGACUACCGAUUAUAAGAGCCUAGCCGCCGCAAAUUUACAGCUACAAAUGAUAUGAUUCUGCUGUUGGUAUGUCAUAUGUAUGUAUGUAUGUAUAUAUUGUUACCUAAGAAUUGCAUAAGCCCCGCGUUUGUUUUCUACCUCAGUUAAGUGCUGUUCUUUCCGGGGAUCUGUGUAGUUUAUUCCUCCGUUUUCACUCUUGCUCUGGAACAUCAACAUCACCCAAAAAACACAGUAUCAGGAAGUAUUAAGCCCAGAUUUGGAAUGUUGCCGGCUGCUGCUACAGUCCUGUGGCAGAGCCGCCCAGCCAGAACAGCAUUUACAACGUCUGCACUGGACAGUUAAUGAAGGACUGAUUGCUUAGCUUUGUAUUACUUUUCUGAAAUCAUACGAGUCGCUUGCACUUUUGUUUCCUGGCCAGAUGUCCAACACUAAUGCAAAGACGGCAUUUCAGUUCCAAGCUGGGUCUCCUCGCUUGAUGUCUAAACGCCACUUUAAUGAGUUAAUUAUCUUGCUGGUGGCUGUUCAGAAAACAGACAAAAUUGUCCUUAAACGUCAAGCGUGUUGAUAGUUAGUGAGUUUGGUGCCGCACUGGUCACCUCUGGACGUGGCGCAGGGCACUGGCUGAGGAAUCCUGGCUUUACGACCUGCACCAGUUUCUCGAGCGGGUAUGUAAGGAGACCAGAUCUACACAGCUCUUAGUCUCAGAUUUUUCUACAGUAAAAAAUAAGGUUACUGUGCAAACUUAAUAUUCUAUACAUAUAGCACAAUGCAUGUGGGAUUAACCAAAACUGGGAGGGAUGACGUCACAGUCCAUAUUAGCCUCGUAUAUGCGUUAUUUUAAGCUGCUUUAAUGUUUCACUGCUUUCCCUUGAAUUUAACAUUAACUGUUGUAUGAGAGGGAGGCCGCGGUGGCUCAGGGGGGGCAGCGUUGUCGCCAGUCUCCAAGGGCCCGAUUCCCACCUGCGCUGUGUGUGUGUGGUACAGUGUGUGUGGAUUUUCUCCAACAAUCCAAAGACAUGCAGUUAGGAUAAAUUGCCCAUAUUGUGCGAGUGUGUUGGUGCCGUGCAGUAGACUGGCAUCCUGUCCAGGGUGUACCCCACCCUCGUUCCUCUGGCCCCUCUCUUUCUCUCCUUCUCACUCACCCUCUCUCUCUCGCUUGAUACGGCUUAAUGUAAAAAUAAUGAAAAUUAUUUUGUCUGCGCGUGUAAACACAUACAAGAUAAAUGAUCAUUAUUUUACAGUCACUGUGUCCUUAUAGCAUGUGCUGACACACAUGUCAAAUUGCAGCUUGCAGGCCAAUGUAAUUUCUGAGUGUUUGCUGUUGAACACGAUGCUUUUUAAUUGGUUAAGAAGCUCUGGGAUAACUGGAGAAAAAAGGGAAACGACCUAAAGAUUUUUUUUUUCCU